CCUGGAAAACCUGGACCACAUGGUGCCAACGGUAUGCCUGGAAAACAAGGACCUGCAGGUCCUCCAGGUCCAGGAGGACAGCCGGGUAUGCCUGGAAGAGACGGCAAACCAGGAGGACCAGGUACACGUGGUCUACCUGGCAAGGAUGCUACUUACUGUCCUUGCCCACCAAGAUCGCAGUUCAUCCUUCGAAUUGCAUAGACGGCAUUCAGAACUGUCUGAAAUAUUACUGCAGUUUUUUUUGGAAAAUGAAAACAAAUACUGUUGGUUACAUUAUUUUGCCGGUUUAUUUGUAUGGUAUGAAAAGAUUUACAAAAAAACUGUCAUGAAAUAGAG